AUUAAUUCUUAUAGGCUCGCUAAAUGCUAAAUGGUGUUAGCUAGAUGGCGCGAGUGUGAAAUUACAGGCCUCUUAUAAUGCCAACAGCUUGUAAAACCCUACAGUCGCAUUAGUUUUCGAUGCGUCCUCCGUAAAUCGAAGAUGGUUUGUUGAUGUUUCUGCAUUAUGUUACCGCCUUCUUAAUUAAGCUGGCAAUAGUAGCCGAUGUGUACUCAGCUGCCCAACAUCAAGUCCACUUUGAACUUCACUCAUUACUUUUAUUACCAAAUUUAAAAAUGCUUCUACACCUCUUCUUUUCCUUGGUUUCCUUGUCUCUAAUUCUAGCGGAGCAUGUUGGCGAAAACGCGGUACUAGGAUACUCGCGAAGCUGUAAAUGUGUACAUCUUCCUCAAUCUAAUGCGAUCUCCAUCCCUAACAUAUCAUAGGGACCAAGUGAUGGCUGUUGGCCAUCCCAAACUUCAUGGCGAUCGUUGAACGCAUCAGUAUCUGGAAAGUUGAUCAAAACAACACCUGCAGCAAUUGUCUGCUAUCCCGGACUGCAGCAAAAUUUAACAGCAUGUUCUGCAGUUGUGAAAGUAUUGUCUGACGAGGAGCUUGUUGCGAAUGACCCAAUUGCUCUAGAUAUGCCAAUCAAUGACUCAUGUCCACCAGUCGAUUUUGCGGCAGGGGAUGUACCAAGAAAUUGCUCUCUUGGAGAUGCUCCUAGAUAUGCUGUAAAUGCGACGACGCCUGGAGAUGUUGCUAGGGGAGUGGAUUUCGCUAGAAAGAAUAAUAUUAGAUUGGUGAUUAGAAAUACUGGUCAUGAUUUAUUGGGAAGGUAAGUGAGCUGAGUGGAUUCCAUUAAUACAAUAGGUGCUUAGGAAAUUGAUUCCUCUUGAUAUAGGUCCACCGGCUAUGGUAGUCUGGAGAUCUGGAUCAGAUAUCUUAAGCAAGGUAUUGUCUUCCAAGAUACUUAUUCACCUUCCGAUGGCUGUAAAUCUUCGAAUUGGGGAGGGAGUGCGUUUAAAAUUGCUGGAGGUUAUGUCUGGGAAGAUGUCUAUGCAGAGGCCACGAAGCGGAAUGUGAUCGUUGUAGGAGGUGGUGAUCCAGUAUUUACCAUCAAAUAUAAAUGACUGUUACAAUACUGAUACCUCCACAGACUGUAGGAUGUAUUGGAGGAUGGGCCCAAGGAGGAGGCCACUCCCCAGCAUCCCGUGAUUAUGGCCUUGGUGCCGAUCAAAUACUCGAAGCUGAAGUAGUUCUUGCGAAUGGAGAAAUUAUCACUGCAAACAAGUGUCAAAAUCAAGAUAUUUACUUUGCCAUCCGAGGGGGAGGAGGUGGUACAUUUGGUAUCAUCGUGUCAACUAUUGUUAAGGCGUUUCCAACGACAUCGAUAUCUGCCCAAACACUGGCCAUUGCACCACUAACCGAUGCAGAUAUUCCGGAUUUCAUGGCGGCCUUGGCAUUAAUAUAUUCCGCAUAUCCCGAUCUAAAUGAUGCUGGUCUAUCUGGAUACGGAAGUUGGGCUGUUCAAAGCUAUGCACCUGUUGUUGGAAAUUUUACAACCGGCUACCAACAUGCCCUGGCUGCGUCCAGAAAGUCCCUCAGCGAAACCAAAGCCAUAUUUGCAUCAGUGAUGUCCAAACUCGAGCAAUACAACUCAAGCCUUUUUAUCAAUCCAACCUAUCUGACAUUUCCCACAUACGCGGCAUAUUAUAAGAUACUCUCAGGUGGAAAAAGCGCAGCAGGUAUUGGAACAGGUGCUUUUGGUGGGCGUCUCUUGGACCGCACAGCACUGACAUCUUCGCUGACGAAUCUCGAACUAAUGCUGAAUGUAACUGCAGGCUCACAAGGUCAAUUUACUUCUACAUCUGUCUCUCUAGUAGGAGGCGGCCAAGUCUUUAUUCCCGAUCCAAGUUCAGGUUUGAACCCUGCAUGGAGGUCUUCAUAUGUACACAGUAUCGUAGCGCGUGGAUGGACCACAGAUACCAAUGAAGCCACCGUCCAAGAAAUCAAGGAUGACAUAACAUACACGAAAGUCGGAGCAAUGAAGAAGUUGGCGCGUCAUACCGGGUGUUAUAUGAAUGAAGCGAAUAGGUUGGAUCCAGAUUAUUUACAGGAUUUCUACGGCGAGAGCUUGGUCAAGUUGAACGAGGUGAAAAAGACUUAUGAUGGUGACGAUGUAUUCUAUUGUCCAACAUGUGUGGGAAGUGAGAGGUGGGUGGAAGAUGUGACCGGAAGAUUGUGUCGGACGUCAUAGGCACUUGCUAGUGGCGUAUCAAAGUGGCAUGAUGUCCCGAUUUGAACAUAUUCGCUUUGUGAAGGCACUAAAUUACCGUUGUGUAGUUAAACGGCAUGGGGGAGCAACGAGAGUCACCUCCGAAUCUCAGAUGUAAUGUGAAACUCCUACCAUACCUUAUCUAGGAGUCCUCAAGGUGAUGAUGAACCUUGCUUGACAUUCUGCACCCUGCUCAUAAAUAUCCGGAAAGCAGAAAAGCUGAUGAACAGUGAGUUGGGUGUCUUGAGUAUACGCCACCUGGAGGCCAACAUGAAAGGAAGAUCGCAAGCGUUUCCCGCCUCUUUGCAGUAUUGGGUUGACGUAUGUGCCCGAAGGUCCGAAUCUCUGAUUAUUAGAAAUU